AUGCCAGUGAGAAAAUCACCCAAUAUCAUGCCAGUGGAAAUAUCACCCAGCAUUAUGCAUUGGAGCUAUCAUCCAACAGAAUCAUGCCAGUGGGGAUAUCACCCAACAUCAUACAUUGGGGCUAUCAUCCAACAUCAUAAUGCCGUUGUGGCUAUCGUCUUUCAGGAUUGUGCUAGUGGGGCAAUUACCCAACAUAAUGCCAGUGGGCACUCUCCUAACAAUAUCAUGCGAUUGGGACAAUCAACAAACAUCAACAUACCAGUAGGGAAUGGAAAGUGGGAGAUGAAGAGUCAGAAGCCGCUGGUAACACCAGUAGCCCUGCAUAUAUCCUGCACACCAGUACGUCUGACAGCGGUCAAAGUGGAGACGCACUCCUGUAGACACGCUUUGAAACAUGCCAACAAAGAGAAGAACCAGAACCCCAAGUGCAUUCCUUACGAUUACAAUCGAGUUGUUUUAGACCCAAUUCCUGACAUGCCAGACUCGGAUUAUAUCAACGCCUCCUACGUAGAUAGUUUACUUAAGCCGAAUGCUUACAUCGUGACCCAAGGGCCGACGGAAGCCACGGUGAACGAGUUCUGGCGGAUGAUCUGGCAGGAGAGAGCCAGCUGUAUAGUUAUGCUCACCAAGACGUUUGAUUUCAUCAAGGUGAUGUGUAUGCAGUACUGGCCAUCGGCGAAAGUAAAAAGUGAGAAUUACGGAGACCUGAACAUUUCAGUAAAGGGAGAGGAGGAACUAGCAAACUUUCACAUUCGGACUAUUAGAAUCGUCUACAAAAUCGGCACAGAAGAGGAGCAGGAGAGGACUCUAUUACAGUUCCACUACACGGAGUGGCCAUGUCAUACGUGUCCUUUUUCCAAUGCCAUCCUAGAGUUCCGUAGGAGAAUGAGAUCAGUUGUAGGAUCCUACAGGACAGCUCAGGAGGGUCCCAUUGUCGUACAUUGCAAUGAUGGGGGUGGAAGAUCUGGAGUAUACCUGGCAAUAGACGCUAACCUAGAACUGUCAGAGGAGGAAGAUGCCUUUGACGUAUUCGGAUACUUGAAAAUGCUCAGACAAUCAAGAAAAGGCAUGAUUGAAACAUUAGACCAGUACAAGUUUGUUUAUGACACAUUAGAAGAGUUUGUUGUUUGUGGUGUCUCAUGGUUUCCUGUCAAAGAGCUAUCACAGAGGUUAAAGCAAAAAUCGAUGAAGGAUCCUGUGACAAAGCUCAAUGAGUAUCAGAGAGAGUACCAGCAAAUCUGCAAACAAACACCUCGCUUCACGAUAGGCGACUGCGCAGGAGGCCAUAGAGGCGAUAACAGAGAGAAGAAUCGAGAUGUGCUGAUAGUGCCUCCUGAUAAUUUCCGGCCAUACUUGACAUCAUUCCAAGGAAACACUUUUACUGACUACAUAAAUGCUGUAUUUGUUGAUGGCUACACCAAACCACGAGAAUAUAUAGUGACCGAGUGGCCUCUCAAACACACCCUGGGGGACAUCUGGUCUGUGGUAUACGACUACGAGUGCUCUGCUGUCGUCGUCUUAUGCGUUCCACCACACAAUUCCCAACAAUAUCCCUCGUUCUGGCCUGAAGGAAGACACUCCAAGAAGUAUGGACCAGUAUUCACAAUAGACCACAUUUCCCAUAACCACUACACCAACAUCAAGACUUGGGUCUUCAGGAUCAACAAAAAGAGUUUAGACAAUCGGAGAGAGAGGCCUGUGAUCACUCUACCAGGGCUAGAGCACCGGCGGAUCGUAUCCCUGACAGAACUGAUGGCUGGAGUGAAGGCACCUCCCCGGACAGUCCAACUGUUCCAGCUGACUUGCUGGCCCAUGGGUCACCGCGUUCCUACGUCUACCAACAGCCUAGUGGAACUCAUGAAUAUGGUGGAACGGUGGCGGCAGCGCACAGACUACGGACCCGUCGUUGUAAUAUCCCAAGAUGGGCGAGGGCGAUGCGGAGUGUAUUGUGCAGCGAAUGCUUGUAUUGAGCAAGUCAUCCAACAUGGAGAAGUGGAUAUCUUCCAAGCUGUCAAGACAGUCCGUCGUCACAGGCCUCAGCUCAUCGAGAAUAUGACUGAGUAUAAGUACUGCUAUGAUCUUGUCCUACAUUACGUCCUACACUACCUAAAUAAAGACCUAAAGGAGAAAAAGUGAGAGUGUGAGGUGCAGCACCUUUGGUUCUACCAGUUCGGGCGGGGAGCAGCGCUUCCCC